AGGGUGGCUGCCCGUGCACUGGAAUGGGGACAGGGACAGAGGUGGCACUGCCACGUGGCCAUGCUGCCAUCUAGCGACAGCCAGCCCGGCUCACCGGGGCCAGCCAGCGCCCAGUGCCCUGCACCGGGGGGCAGCGAUGGGGCAGGACCCUCACUCAGCAACCAGCCAUGCCUCGGGGCCCACAGAGCUGGCCUCACCCUGCUGCCAUGCUGGUACUAGGGGGCACCUGUGUGUCCCCCUGCCUAGGGUCCCGCUGUCUGGGGUCUAUGUCUUCAGCCUCUGGCACUCCCCGGAGCUGCUCUCCGACAUCCAGGACGGUUACAGCGUCUCAGGGCACCUGCUGGUCUGCUUCUCCUCAGGCUACUUCAUCCACGACACCCUUGACAUCAUCUUCAACCAUCAGUCCCGCUCGUCCUGGGAGUACCUGGUGCACCAUGCCAUGGCCAUCUCUGCCUUCGUCUCACUCAUCAUCACAGGCCGCUUCCUGGUGGCAGCGGUGCUGCUGCUGCUGGUGGAGGUGAGCAACAUCUUCCUCACCGUCCGCAUGCUGCUGAAGAUGAGCAACGUGCCUUCCCCGGCGCUCUACGAGGCCAACAAGUACAUCAACCUGGUGAUGUACUUCGCCUUCCGCCUGGCGCCCCAGGCUUACCUCACCUGGUACUUCCUCCGCUACGUGGAGGUGCAGGGCCAGGGUGCCUUCCUCACUGCCAACCUCCUGCUGCUCGAUGCCAUGAUCCUCAUGUACUUCUCCCGCCUCCUCCGCUCCGAUUUUUUCCCCUCCCUGCGCAAGGGCUCUGCGGGGAGAGAUGUGGACGGUGAGAAGUUUCUGAUAGACUGAGACAUGUGCACCGAGGGGGAACCUGGGCUCCAGCUCCUGGAGGUUUUUGGCCUCUCCAAACCUGCUCUGAUGUGCCUUAGGGCUCGCUCCCAGGCCCCAGGCCCUGCCUUCACCUGCUCUGCUGCCUAAAAGCACUUCCCUGCUGGACCAGCCCGACAGCUUCGCCGAGCCACGGGGAUGCUGCCAAAGCCAGGGGCACGGCCAAUGGAGAAGCAGCCCAAGCCAGUUUCCACAUGGGCAGCUGGAGGGCCAGGGGUGGCCGCACUUGACAGCUGAUGGCCUGGGAGGGUUGCGAGGGAAGGGAUGAGUCCCUCCCAUGGUGAUGUUGGGUGUUAUGUGCAUUAAAAUCAGUCUGUUAACUGCU